AUGUCUUCAUUAAGCCGAUGUGUACCAGUCGCUCGGCGACUGCGAUUGCAGAACAACACUUUCCAGCAAACUUCCCACCUACGAUUGCAAGCAGCCCGAUCGGCCUACCAACCAUUGCAACGAAGAUGGCAACACGCCGAGCCUACCACGUCCGCCUCGAAUAUGGACGAAGGACCCCCUCCGUCCCGGUCAGGUCUCAGCCAGAGACAGAUCAAGCCAACAGCUGAAUCCUACCCCAACCUCAAGCGAGAUUCGCGAUUCAAAGAGAUUACGAACGAGGACGUGAAGUUCUUCAAAGAGGUACUGGGUUCGGACAAUGCGAUCAUUGAUGGACUGAGCCAGGAUGCGACAAGUGAUCUGGAAGCAUAUAAUGCAGAUUGGAUGCGAAAGUACAGGGGGCAGACUCGAUUGGUUUUGAAACCGAACUCCACGGAGCAAGUCAGCAAGAUUUUGAAAUAUUGCAAUCAGAAUUUGAUUGCGGUGAAUCCUCAGGGUGGCAACACUGGUUUGGUGGGAGGUUCGGUGCCAGUGUUUGACGAGAUCAUCAUCAACCUGGCGCGCAUGAACAAAAUCCGAUCGUUCGAUGACGUCUCUGGAAUCUUGGUCGCAGAUGGCGGUGUCAUUUUGGAGGAGGCAGACAAUCACCUGGCGGAGCACGGACAUAUAUUUCCAUUAGAUCUGGCUGCGAAAGGUACCUGUCAAAUCGGUGGAAAUGUUGCGACGAACGCCGGAGGUCUGCGAUUACUACGAUACGGUAGUUUACACGGGAAUGUCCUUGGGAUAGAAGCUGUAUUGCCAGAUGGAACUAUUGUCGAUGACCUUGGAAAACUGAGAAAGAAUAACACUGGCUAUGAUAUCAAGCAACUCUUCAUCGGAGGUGAGGGAACGAUCGGAAUUGUGACGGGUGUCUCAAUCUUGUGCCCGCAACGAAGCCCUGCUGUGAAUGUCGCUCUCUUUGGACUGGAAUCGUACGAAAAAGUGCAGGAAGCUUUCAAAGUGUCCAAGACCUAUCUUCAAGAGAUUCUCUCGGCUUUCGAGCUCAUGGAUGGGAACUCGCAGAAGAUUUAUCAGCGUGCGUCUGGAAGAACGAAAUUGCCUCUGGAAAAUGAGCACCCCUUCUACUGUCUCGUUGAGACAUCUGGAUCAAAUGGCGACCAUGACGCGGAGAAGAUGCAGGCAUUUUUGGAACACGUCAUGGAGGAGGACAUUGUUCAGGACGGAGUGCUCGCGGAGAACGAAACGCAAGUGCAAGAUCUGUGGUCCUGCAGAGAAGGCAUUUCGGAGGCUAGUCAGCAUUUUGGCGGUGUUUACAAGUACGAUCUCUCGAUCCCUCUACCGGAGCUUUACGGCAUUGUCGCGGAGUGUCGCCAGCGCUUCUUGGACAAUGGAAUGAUGAGCGACACGGACGAUUCCAAGCCCGUCAUGGAUGUGAUUGGUUACGGACACAUGGGAGAUCAGAACCUGCACUUAAACGUUUGCGUGCGAAGGUAUGAUAAGGAGGUGGAGAAGGCCAUCGAGCCGUGGGUAUACGAGUGGGUGUCGAAGCGCGACGGCAGUAUCUCUGCCGAGCAUGGUCUCGGUUUAGCCAAGAAGGAAUUCAUCGGAUACAGUCGCAGUGAGAACAUGAUUCAGCUGAUGGGACAGAUCAAGAAGCUCUACGACCCGGUGAGUCAACAUUCUUCUAGGCCGUCGCAUUGGCACAUUUCACUGACUCGAGUUACAGAAUGGCAUAAUGAACCCAUACAAGUAUGUAUAG